AGCGCAGCCGGGAUCAGGACUGGUCAAACGACAGGAACAGACUUGAAGCAGGGAGAGAGGUCCUGGCAGAGGCAAGGUGCGGCCGUUUUACCUGGAGUUAGUAUCUUUCCUUUGUUAACUUUUUCUCGGGAGAGAAGGCAAGAUGGCUCUUUCGUGUUCUCAGAUGUUUCCCAAAAUAAAGUCCUCUUAAUUUUAUUUUAUUGUCGUUGUGGGAUUCCUAAGCAGACAAGAAGAAAAGGCCUCUUCCCACCGGAGCAGCUGCCCAGCUCCCACUGGAUUUUGCUUGGGGCAACAGCUAAAGCCAGAGAGAGCAAGCCGGUGAGUCUCUCCAGGUAGGCUUGCUUCAGACGCGUCGCUGGGCUGCUCUGAAACAGGACUUUGUAGUCUCGGAAGUAUGAGGAGUUGGUGCUGAUUUCACUUUGGCUUGUGGAGGAACAGAAAGUGGAUCUGCAGAAAUUAAGGGGAGAGAAGCCUCUCUCCCAUUCCCACUAGCACCAUGGGCAAUGUCUGUUUGAGGCUCUGGGCGUAUGUGGAAUCCCAUCUCCCCUGCUUGUCCCAGGAGGCAGACAAGCCAGUGGUGAUUGAGAAUCCAGGGGCCCGAUGUGCCCCUGAAGCUCCCCAGUCAUCAAGGCAGGAGCCUGAGAAAAGCCAUGGCCACUACUUUGUGGCUUUGUUUGACUAUCAGGCUCGGACUGCAGAGGAUCUGAGCUUCCGUGCUGGCGACAAACUCCAAGUACUGGAUACUUCUCAUGAAGGCUGGUGGUUGGCCAGACACUUGGAGAAACGGGGAGCCGGCCCUGGCCAGCAACUUCAGGGCUACAUUCCUUCUAACUAUGUGGCUGAGGACAGGAGCCUGCAAGCAGAGCCGUGGUUCUUUGGAGCAAUCAAAAGAACAGAUGCAGAAAAACAACUAUUAUAUCCAGAAAAUCAGACAGGUGCCUUUUUAAUCAGAGAAAGUGAAAGCCAGAAAGGAAAUUUCUCCCUUUCAGUUUUAGAUGAAGGAGUUGUAAAACACUACAGAAUAAGAAGAUUGGACGAAGGGGGUUUUUUCCUUACUCGGAGAAGGACCUUUUCAACACUGAAUGAAUUUGUGAACCACUAUACCAAGAACAGUGAUGGCCUGUGUGUCAAGCUGAGAAAGCCAUGUUUAAAGGUACAAGUCCCAGCUCCUUUUGAUUUAUCAUACAAGACUGUGGACCAGUGGGAAAUAGACCGCAACUCCAUACAGCUUCUGAAGCGACUGGGAUCCGGGCAGUUCGGUGAAGUCUGGGAAGGCCUGUGGAACAAUACCACUCCAGUAGCAGUAAAAACAUUAAAACCAGGUUCAAUGGAUCCAAAUGACUUCCUGAGGGAGGCACAGAUAAUGAAGAACCUAAGACAUCCCAAGCUCAUCCAGCUUUAUGCUGUUUGCACUUUAGAAGAUCCAAUUUAUAUUAUUACAGAGUUGAUGAGACAUGGAAGUCUGCAAGAAUAUCUCCAAAAUGAUGCUGGGUUAAAGAUCCAUCUGACGCAACAGGUAGACAUGGCAGCACAGGUGGCCUCGGGAAUGGCCUAUCUGGAGUCCCAGAACUACAUCCACAGAGAUCUGGCUGCCAGAAAUGUCCUCGUUGGUGAACAUAAUAUCUACAAAGUAGCAGAUUUUGGACUUGCAAGAGUUUUUAAGGUAGAUAAUGAAGACAUCUAUGAAUCUAAACACGAAAUAAAGCUGCCAGUGAAGUGGACUGCACCUGAAGCCAUUCGUGCUAAUAAAUUCAGCAUUAAGUCUGAUGUGUGGUCAUUUGGAAUCCUUCUUUAUGAAAUCAUUACUUAUGGCAAAAUGCCUUAUAGUGGUUUCACAGGUGCUCAGGUAAUCCAGAUGUUGAGUCAAAACUACAGACUCCCACAACCGCCUAACUGUCCACAGCAAUUCUACAACAUCAUGUUAGAGUGCUGGAAUGCAGAGCCUAAGGAGCGACCAACAUUUGAAACACUGCAGUGGAAACUUGAAGACUAUUUUGAAACAGACUCUUCAUACAGUGAUGCAAAUAACUUCAUAAAAUGAACACUGAUAAUAAAUAACAAACAAUGAAGUAGCCAAAACACGACGACUACUACUACUACUAAUCAAUAUGGAAAUACAACCUUAUCAGCCAACUACAAAAUCAGUUUAUCCUGACAUGUUCAAAUGAUACUGUAAAUUUGGCCAUGUUUUUUAAAAAAAUGAUGAUAUGUAUAUUUUAUUGACAGGACAAUACUGCAGGACAGUCUAAAAUGAUAUAUCACUUUCUUAUUGUCUGAUAAAAUCAAACACACUAAACAAAGUUAUUUUUCUUUUUAAGAGAUACUUACAUUCCUAUUUAUUGUGUGAAAUGCUGAUCAAGAGAAUCAACAAAUAAUAGUCCAUUUUUACUCAGUGACUGUUGCAGCGUUUUCCUGUUUACUGAGUGGAGUGGCUAUUCAUUAUUUCUUGGGUUGCUGAAUCCCAUCAGGCUGUUAUUAUGAAGGAAUUUGAUUGCUUUGCAGCACAGCAGGACCUGUGCUUUGAGAUUUUUUUUCUCUUUUAAAAUAUCCUGUAACUACAAUGAUAGUAAAGCCAUGUUAAAUGACUUGAUUGUACUUACAGUAAUUGCACAUUUUCCCCCCAAAGCAUAAAAAAAGAAGCAGCUGUGAGAAAAAGAAUUAAAGAAUCUUAGUCUCUUUCAUUUUAUAGAAGGAAAUGAUGGAUUUUCUUUUUCUUUUUUUUUUUUUGGUAUCUCAGUAUGUGUCAACUGAGAAUCAUCUGCAUUAGUUUUAAUCUCUUAAUGUUAAGAAUUCAGGUUGCAAGCUGAUGAGUUAUUAUGUACAGAAAUAUGUGAGAAACAUCUAAUAACCCACAAAGCCUGGGAAAUGGUUAUCAAAUAGUUCAGGAAAAUAAGAUAAGAGCUCCAGGAUUACUAUGGCCUAUGACUUCAGAAUAGUUUUUUUGUUUGUUUGUUUUUGUUUUUUUUCAGUACCUUUGCAUUGAUACAAGAGUUUUAAAUUGACUACAAAACAGGUCAAUCUCUAUCUCAGAUUUACUGGCUGGGGAUAAUGUUUGAACUUGAUUAUAGAACAUUUUUUUAAGUCUGGUAAGACAAGAGCGUUUUUAUUUAUCUUAAAUUUGCAUUGAUUUUUGCAAGAAUCUUAUUGUC